AUGAAACCAGAAACUUUAGUAAAAGGAAUAAUAGAAGCUAUCGAUACGGAAUCAUCAACUACAAUAACAUACAAUGGUAAAAAGAUUAAAAUAUCUGAAAAAAAUAUCGAUAAAUAUAAACACUGUAAAGUCCUUGGUGAUAUAGAUUUGGAAAGAAUUGACAAGAGUGUAAAGGAAGGUGGAUUUUUACCUUUCCUACCUUUGAUAUUUGCUGGCCUGGCCGCAGCAGGAGCAACUGGUGGUGGGGCUGCUGGGAUAACACAAGCCAUCAACGCCAAAAAAGCAGCUGAUGCUGAAAAAAGUGAAAAACGUAGACAUAAUAUAGAAAUGGAAAAGAUAGCACAAGGUUCGGGAGUAGCAGAUUUAUUAGGGACAGUUAAAGAAUUUGGAAAUCGAUUUAGUGAAGAAACCAAGAAAACUGUUACAUAG